AUGAGCACAAAUAUCCAGAAUUCCCGUGAAAACAGUCAAAUCAAAAGUCCACAACGCUAUGCUAAGGUACCGCAUCUUUGGGCCCUUGGUGUGGGUGCUGUUAUUAGUGGAGACUUUUUUGGAUGGCAGACAGCACUUGUAGCUGGUUUUGAUGUUCUGCUCAUUCUGCUUGCUAUCGUAACGCUGCAGUAUAUAUUGCUGUCAUUUUCAAUUGCCGAGCUAUCGGCAAUGGUGCCGCAUGGUGGUGGUCCAUACAUCUUUGCUUUGCACGGCAUUGGCAAGACAGCGGCGUUUUUCGCUGGUAUUGCCGAGUGUUUGAAGGUCAUCAUUACAACGGGAGUGGCUGCGACUGGUAUUGGAUCGUAUAUCACUGAAAUUCUUGGCUUAAGCUCGGACUUAAACCCAGUUUGGUGGCUUGCUUGCUACAUAAUCUUUGUCACACUCAAUAUUAGUGGUGUCGAGAUGACUUUUCGCGUACAGGCAGCCGCUACUGUCAUGUCGGUAAUGAUCCUGCUUAUAUUUUACGUCGGUGCUGCUACUAUGAUUUCGUACGAUAAUUGGGUCGUGAAUCGUGACUGGAAAUUCAAGGGCUUUGAAGGUUUUCUUCAAGGUGCUUCGUUUACAUUAUGGUUCUAUAUGGGCAUUGAAGAAUUACCACUUGCUAUUGACGAGACUAUUGAGCCUACGAAAAACAUGCCACGAGGCCUAAUGGCAUCACUAUUCACUCUGAUUGUCAUUUCAUUUUGCACAGUCAUCUUUAAUUCCAUGAUCAGCCCUGGUCUCAUCUCGAGUUUCCAUUCGUUUGUAUACUGCAUGGGCAAAUUGUUGUACGCUAUCGCCUGCGAUGGAUACCUCCCUAACAUUUUAACAAAGUUACAUUCGACGCGUGGUACAACCUACAUGUCAUUGAUGGUCGGAAGUCUAAUAGCUUUUAUUCUAGCUUUUGUACUACACUUUACCAUUGGUGAUACGCGUCUCGGAUCUGUGUUGAUUAAUUUGGCUCUCAUUGAGCGUCCGCGGCCAUACAAGAGCCCAUUUGGUGUUUCGGGUGCCGUUCUAUGUCUUAUCCUAUGCAUCUUAUCAAUGGUGUCAAUAAUCUACAGCGGGACAUCAAGUUACGACUUUUUCGCCUCUGUGCUCAUUGCUAUCGGUUACUUUGUUAUCGGGGCUAUCUAUUUCUCUUACCAUGUGAAGCCACGUAUACAGGCUGGAAACGGUUCCAUGUCCGCUAAGGAGUUUCGGGAGAUUUUCAUGAGCUCGAUUGUGUCCAACAAGGCAUAA